AUUCUCAGCCAUUAAUCUGAACCCAGCGCCGCUGCUGUUUUUCAGCUGGACAGAGUCGAGAUAAGUGAUGGAUAUACUCGCUAGUUAGGGAAGCGCUGUGCUGUUGAGCGGUUCGCUACAUUUGUCCGGGCUUUUUUAAUCGAAGAAAGUUUGUAUUUUUGGCCUUGUUCGAGCUCCAUGGUCGCUCUCGGUUCCGCUUAUUUUCUGCCGCAGUCAGAAAUUAUUUCAGCUUCAGUCAGACGGUGUAGCUGCUCCAGGCCAGCUAACAGUGCCUCUCUCGGUCGCUCUGCUUCACUGGACUGGUGGAGCUUCCAAGUGCUCGCCUGUUAACUGAACGGUACCGUUAUAGGUCUUGUUUUUAUUUUCGCUGUUUUAAUGCUGUGUUGACCUUGCUGAACUACAUUUGUUCAUCAGCCUGGUUGCUGUUUGUGCUGUAGCUGCUUUGCUAGUGGCAGCACUAGCUAGCUAAGCUAGCUAGCUAACUUUCUCGCGGUCAGGUAAUGCUGCUGUAAUAGUGACUCUCAGCCCGCAGUCAGGCGACUUCAAAGGCGGUGCAAAGCAGAGGAAGGCUUGAGGGAAAAGCGCAUACAGGGCCUUUGUGCCAGGGUUUGCACCCUUUGGACGCAUCACUGUUUCCUGUCUCCCUUCCUCUUUGACCAGAGCCAUGACCGCUCAAAGAGAGUCUGACACAGUGAACCUGCGACUGAUCCUUGUGAGUGGGAAGACUCAGGACUUCACCUUCUCCCCAAAUGACUCAGCCACAGACAUUGCUCGUCACGUCUUUGAAAACUGGCCCGCAGGAUGGGAAGAGGAGCAGGUGAGCAGCCCCAGUAUCCUCAGACUCAUCUUCCAGGGCCGUUUCCUACAUGGCAAUGUAACACUAGGAGCGCUGAAGUUGCCCCCUGGCCGAACAACUGUCAUGCACUUGGUUGCCAGAGAGACGCUGCCAGAGCCCAACUCCCAUGGCCAAAGAAACCGGGAGAAGACCACAGAAAGCAGCUGCUGCCUAUUGCUGUAAAACAGAAGACCGAGCAACUCCCUGCUCCCUCAAACAUCCCUCUCUUCCUCAGCCCCUGCUACCUUUCUCUGCUUGCCAAUCCAUGAUGUAUCCUGAAUGAUUACUGAACAGCUUGGAGGGUUGGAUUGAUUUUUUUUUUUUUUUUUUUUUUUUUUUUUUUUCAUUCAGUUGAUUUAUUCCUGUACAGUAGCUGCAAACUUUCUGUGCCAAGUACCCAAAUGUUUUGUUUUCCCUUUUUGUUGCCAAAUUACUCUUUGCUUAGUGAAACCAUGAUAACAAUCUGUACAUAGGUUACUUUUAAAAAUCCAAACAGUAAUAAAUGGUGGAAAGAUCAAAUACCCAGGACUCUGAGAGGAAAAUGGAAAAACGGAAGAGCAAAGAGCCAUUUAAGGGAAUUUGGUGUACUCAGGAGAGAAACUUGGAGGUCCUUAUGGACUGCUUUCUGUCUGGAAGUACAGAUUUGGACAUGGCUCUGCUCUUUAAUGCUGGUUGCCACUUAGACUUACUCUUCUGCUCAUCAGCUGAAGUGCACACUUGUCACAAGCCCUUAACCUGGACUCGCACUUAACUUGGAUCCUUAAGUCCUUGUGCUUCAUGGUCUUAAUCAUCUCACCCCAGACAAUAGCUUGCCUCACCACUGGCAAGGUAUGACAUCCAUCAAAACCUGUUGCUUUGUAUCGCAUAGGACGAGUUGGCUCCAGCGUUGAUGGACUGAUAUAACACAUGCCAUGACUACCCAUAUAUUUGCCUUUUGCAGAAGGACCAAGCAAGAGUUUAAACGUAGUCAUGCAGCUUUUUUUUUUUUUUUUUUUAAAUUCUAAACAGCUGUGUCAACAUGUGCAUGCCCUAGUCUAGUGUUUUCUCACCCUGGGUGUGUACCUGCCUUCUUGGAACUGUUCACCUGUUAUGUGCUUGAAUAGUGAAGGUCCCUCCCGCUGAGAAGUGAGUGAAAAGGUUGCCAAAUAUGCUUGUUUUUUGAGCAGAAAACAUGAACUGAUCCUCUUGCCUUGUCAGGAAUUCAUUCCCAUCUCCUUAGCCACCUCUUGUCUGCUAGUGCAUCCCGAGGGAUGACCGCCUGCCACCGUCUGACGCACGGAAUAAGAAUAAGGGAAUCGUCAGAGGGUUCCUGCUUGAAGGCCUCAGCUAUAAGGGCUGCAUUGUAAGCACGAUGGAUUCCUGGACCCCAUACUGAGCUGCACUGGCAAGGGCAAAGCAGAGUGAACAGGGGAUUACAUCCCCUUAAUGGGCCCCCCUACUGGGCCAGGAGAAAAUAUGGGUGUUUUAUUUCCUAAUGUUUGUAUGCUGUCUUUUUGUUUUUUUUUUUUUUUUGUUGUUUUUUUUUUGUUUGUUUGUUUUUUUUUUUUGUUUUUUUUUUCCCCAUUUGCCUUCGGACUGUGGCAAAUUAAUAUUAUUAAUAAUAGAAUUCUAAAAAAAAAAAAAAGUUGUUUGUAAUCUUGUGUCUGUGUAGUUCAGAUUUAAAUUGGUAUACAUUUAAUGGCUGAUGUGUGCGAGUUUGGGGAGGGUGUCACAAAUGAUAGGGGGAGAACAGAUCAGUCUUUGGUGACUGUAGCGCCCCAGGACACUGUUUCUGAUCUUCCUUUGAGUGACCAUCCCUCAGUGAAUGUGUAUUAAUCAUCAUCACUGCUAUGGAAUUAGCUUCAGAAUAUUAAAUGUAAAAAAAAAAAAAAUACAAUCUGCCUAAAAGCCUGUAUUAUAAAUUAAUAAAAAAAAU